AUGCAGAAACUUAUCGUGCUAGAAGAGAAGACGAAACAACAAGAGGAGACAAACAAUGCUUUAAGAAAUGAAUUAAGCGAUGCAAGAGAAGUGAUAACUGGAAUGAAGAAAAAAUUUAUCAGAGCCGAAAGAUCAUUUGACGGGUCAACAUAUACCCGUUGGGAGUACAGUGGUUAUCUUAUGGCUGGUCACUUCUCACACGCUGGAUCAUCGGAAUAUGUUUGUGUUGAUGAUAAACCAGAAGCAUUGGAAGCCGGAAAUGGAGCCAAAGAUGAAACAUUUUUCUUUUUCGUCCAGGCUGCAUGCGGGGUACUGAAGUGUCCUCCAUAUUAA